GGAGCCGUCCGGCGGCGGCGGGUUGGGUCGCGGGGCUGGCGCGCGGCGCGGAGCAAGAUGGCGGCGGCGGCGGGAGCUGGUGCGGCCUCUGGGCUGCCGGGGCCGGUGGCCCAGGGGCUGAAGGAGGCGUUGGUGGACACGCUCACCGGGAUCCUGUCCCCGGUGCAGGAGGUGCGGGCGGCCGCCGAGGAGCAGAUUAAGGUGCUGGAGGUGACGGAGGAAUUUGGUGUUCACCUGGCAGAGCUGACCGUAGAUCCCCAGGGGGCAUUGGCGAUCCGUCAGCUGGCAUCAGUCAUCUUGAAACAGUACGUGGAGACUCACUGGUGUGCCCAGUCGGAGAGGUUCAGGCCUCCUGAGACCACAGAAAGGGCAAAAAUUGUCAUCCGGGAGCUGUUGCCCAAUGGCUUGAGGGAGUCGAUAAGCAAGGUGCGCUCCAGCGUGGCCUAUGCGCUGUCAGCCAUCGCUCACUGGGACUGGCCCGAAGCCUGGCCGCAGCUCUUCAGCCUGCUCAUGGGGAUGCUGGUGAGCGGAGACCUAAGCGCAGUCCACGGCGCCAUGCGAGUGCUCACAGAGUUCACUCGAGAAGUCACAGACACCCAGAUGCCGCUGGUUGCUCCUGUCAUUCUCCCAGAGAUGUACAAGAUCUUCACCAUGGCCGAGGUGUAUGGUAUUCGAACCCGUUCCCGAGCCGUGGAGAUUUUUACCACUUGUGCCCAUAUGAUCUGUAACAUGGAGGAACUGGAGAAGGGUGCGGCCAAAGUCUUGAUCUUCCCUGUGGUGCAGCAGUUCACAGAGGCCUUCGUCCAGGCCCUCCAGAUACCAGACGGCCCCACGUCUGACAGCGGGUUUAAGAUGGAAGUCCUGAAGGCAGUGACAGCCCUGGUGAAAAACUUCCCAAAGCACAUGGUGUCCUCCAUGCAGCAAAUUCUGCCUAUUGUUUGGAACACCCUAACUGAAAGUGCAGCUUUUUAUGUGAGGACAGAAGUAAAUUACACAGAGGAAGUAGAAGAUCCUGUGGAUUCUGAUGGCGAAGUCCUGGGCUUUGAAAAUCUCGUCUUUAGCAUUUUUGAAUUUGUCCAUGCUCUCCUGGAAAAUAGCAAAUUCAAAAGCACUGUCAAGAAGGCCUUGCCUGAGUUGAUUUACUAUCUCAUCCUGUACAUGCAGAUCACCGAGGAGCAGAUUAAAGUGUGGACAGCCAACCCCCAGCAGUUUGUGGAAGAUGAAGAUGAUGAUACUUUCUCCUAUACUGUUAGGAUCGCAGCCCAAGACUUGUUGCUGGCUGUGGCCACUGAUUUCCAGAAUGAGAGCGCAGCAGCCCUGGCCGCCGCAGCAACUCGGCAUUUACAGGAAGCUGAGCACACCAAGAAUGGCGGCACCGGACAUUGGUGGAAGAUCCAUGAGGCAUGCAUGUUGGCCCUCGGCUCGGUGAAGUCCAUCAUCACUGACAGUGUGAAGAAUGGCAGGAUCCCCUUCGACAUGCAUGGCUUCCUGACCAACGUUGUCCUUGCAGACCUCAACCUCUCAGUGUCUCCUUUCCUCUUGGGCCGGGCCCUUUGGGCUGCCAGUCGGUUCACUGUUGCUAUGUCCCCUGAAUUGAUCCAGCAGUUUCUUCAGGCAACAGUUAGUGGUCUUCAUGAGACACAACCCCCAUCAGUUCGAAUUUCUGCAGUGAGAGCCAUCUGGGGUUAUUGCGACCAGCUGAAAGUCUCAGAGAGCACCCACGUGCUUCAGCCCUUCCUCCCCAGUAUCCUGGAUGGCUUAAUUCACCUGGCGGCUCAGUUCAGCUCAGAGGUCCUCAACCUGGUGAUGGAGACCCUGUGCAUCGUUUGUACGGUAGACCCAGAGUUCACAGCAAGCAUGGAGAGCAAAAUCUGCCCCUUCACCAUCGCCAUCUUCCUAAAGUACAGUAACGAUCCUGUGGUCGCCUCGCUGGCUCAGGACAUCUUCAAGGAGCUGUCCCAGAUUGAAGCCUGCCAGGGCCCCAUGCAGAUGAGGCUGAUUCCCACCCUGGUCAGCAUCAUGCAGGCACCAGCAGACAAGAUCCCUGCGGGGCUCUGUGCGACGGCCAUUGACAUCCUGACCACGGUCGUGCGGAACACGAAGCCCCCCCUCUCCCAGCUGCUUAUCUGCCAGGCUUUCCCUGCUGUGGCCCAGUGCACCCUCCACACGGACGACAACGCCACCAUGCAGAAUGGUGGUGAGUGCCUGCGGGCCUACGUGUCGGUGACGCUGGAGCAGGUGGCCCAGUGGCAUGACGAGCAGGGCCACAAUGGGCUGUGGUACGUGAUGCAGGUGGUGAGCCAGCUCCUGGACCCCCGCACCUCCGAGUUCACUGCCGCCUUCGUGGGCCGCCUCGUGUCCACCCUCAUCUCCAAGGCGGGGCGGGAGCUGGGCGAGAACCUGGACCAGAUUCUCCGUGCCAUCCUCAGCAAGAUGCAGCAGGCGGAGACGCUCAGCGUCAUGCAGUCCCUGAUCAUGGUGUUCGCCCACCUGGUGCACACCCAGCUGGAGCCCCUCCUGGAGUUCCUGUGCAGCCUCCCGGGGCCCACCGGCAAGCCUGCCCUGGAGUUCGUGAUGGCCGAGUGGACCAGCCGGCAGCACCUCUUCUACGGGCAGUACGAGGGCAAAGUCAGCUCUGUGGCGCUGUGUAAGCUGCUCCAGCACGGCAUCAACGCGGAUGACAAGCGGCUACAGGACAUCCGCGUGAAGGGGGAGGAGAUCUACGGCCUGGACGAGGGCACCCGCACCCGCUCCAAGUCGGCCAAGAACCCUGAGCGCUGGACGAACGUUCCGUUGCUGGUCAAGAUCCUGAAGCUGAUCAUCAACGAGCUGUCCAACGUCAUGGAGGCCAACGCCGCCCGCCAGGCCGCCCCUGCAGAGUGGAGCCAAGAUGACUCCAGUGACAUGUGGGAGGACCAGGACGAGGACGACGACGAGGAGGAGGACGGCCUAGCGGGCCAACUCUUGUCCGAUAUUCUUGCCACAAGUAAAUACGAGGAGGACUACUACGAGGAUGACGAGGAAGACGACCCUGACGCCCUGAAGGAUCCUCUCUAUCAGGUCGAUCUGCAGGCGUACCUCACGGACUUCCUCUGCCAGUUUGCUCAGCAGCCCUGCUACGUGGUGUUCUCAGGCCACCUCAACGACCACGAGAGGCGGGUUCUGCAGACCAUUGGCAUCUGAAACGGUCCUCCUCCUGCCCCGCCGCACACCGUUUUGCAGCCCUCACUGGCCUUGAGAUGCACUUUCUUCUCAGCCUGGAGCGGCCUCUGCAGAGUGACACUGGCAGUACAGACCAGGCUCCCCAGUGCCAUCACCUAGGAAUGCUGGGACAAAGGACACUUCCCAAAGCGCCCUGAAGCAGCCCGUCUCUGGACCCUUCUUGUCCCCAGCUGUGCCCGCCUCUGCUCCUAGGGUCCUCUGCUGGCCGGGCCAGAAUCACGGUGCCCAGAAGGGUUAUGUGUUCAUGGAUUAUUCGGCCUCGCCUGAGGAGCACCGGAAGUCACGACCGUUCAUAUUCUCAAGUGGACCUGUUUCCUUUCGCAGGACGUCUGACGCGUUCAGAUAGGAAUACCCUCGGGCGAGAAUGGUGUUUUCUGCCCCGCACCGCAGACGCGCUGGGUCUUGUAGGAGCGAGGGGAAGCGGCGCCAGGGCCCCCCAUUCCUCCUGCGACACUGAGACUCCCCGUCGAAGGAGGUCGUCUUGGUUUUGCCUCGUUGCAUGACACAGCCCCUCCCCGACAAUGUUCCUCUGUAUACAUGCACGCACACGGGAUAAGCCAGACAGAUGGCAAUUUGUUUUUCCUUUUUUAGAAAAAAAAAAAAAUGAGGGAAAAACAGAUUUUUUAAAAAAGUCCACCUGACCCAACCAUAUUUAACAUGCCUCUCACACACAUCCCCACACAGUCUGAUAUUCAGAGGCUCCCCCUCUCCCUCAGGAAUUCUCUAAGGUGGGUAAGUUGUAGCCCUCAAAUUUGCAAUGUGUAUUUUUCUAGGAGAGUAAAGUAAUCUUUACAAAUGAA